AUGAACAGAGGAGCAAUCUUGCAACGAAGGACUACUUUUCAUAUCUCUCUCACACUAGUGAAAUUAGAGCCUCUGAGCGAUGGAGGCAGUGGGAGUGAGACUUGUCAGAGGGACAAAGCCACCUUUUCGGAAGAGGAACCUGGUGCCAAGGCUGCAGGGAAGAUUUCUUUAUUGUACGGCAAAGAAGAUGCUUCUGGCCAGCAACCUAAAAGUCCCCAAAAUUUGAGGUUAAAUAUUAUCGAGAAUGUGGAGCCAAUUGAACCUAGAACAAUAGGCGAUCGAAACAGCUUCAGUAUUAGAAAUGAUGAAUUGGGUGAUGGUGCCAGAACAGCCUGGGUUGAAGUGGGCGAAUUACCAAGCAAAUUCCAAGUUGAACCAACGCUAAAAUCCGUAAAUAAAUCUGAAAAUAAGAACCACAAUGAUCACAUUCAACCGUGCCAGAUGUGUGCCAUUGCCAAGAUUGAGGAGAAUCUUGCCAGUCCUUUGGCUUUGGAGAAAAUCCACACAAAAACACAGACUGAAGGCGACCAUCCAAGAAGAUCUGAGGGAGAAAGAGUCUUGAAAGAUCAAACUGAGAAAGCCAUGCGCCUUCACAUCCCACCAGAGCAAUCACUGGAAAGUAAAUGUCCUGAUAUUCCAAUUGAAAAGAAAGCUCAAGUUGAAAGGGACCUGCCACAAGAAAAGGCUGUGACUCUUUCUCAACAUGUGGAGAAAAGCAAUAUAAAACCUAAGCCCCAAUCUCUGCCUGUGAUUGCUGAGAAAAGCCCAGGUAUGCUGAGAAGUUCCAGUGGCAACCAGGGUAGAGCUGAACCAAUUAAAACCUCAGGGAAAAAGGAGAAGAAUCUUCGUCAUACCAACUGCCUGUCUUGGCAAGAGAGUGAAACGAAGAUGAAAAUUCAAGUGAGUAACAGGAAGUAUUCCAGAGUAGAAAGCCUGAGAAGCACGGGGGAGAUGUUCCACAGGAGAGGUACACAGGUAGCAACUGAACAAGGGAAAGGUAAGAGCAGAACAUUGGAUAACAGUGACAUUCAUACUCUUUCUGAAGACCUUGAACAAGGCCGGGGCAUCCCAACACCAGAGAGAACCAAGUCCAAUGCACGGGAUCGAAAGAUGUUAAAAUUUAUCAGUGGAAUUUUCACCAAGAGCGUGGGCGCUGUGUCUGUCUCACCUGCAGGUGGUGGAUUAGCUCAAAGGGAGUUUGCUGCUGGAGCCAAAGGUCCCUCCUCAAAUCAAAAGGCCUUUGUAAACAGCCAGGAAUGGACGCUAAGUCGUUCAGUUCCAGAGCUCCGGUUGGGAUUGGUUGGUAGUCCAUGCAGUGGGAAGUCUGCACUCGUACAUCGAUAUCUGACUGGUACCUACGUGCACGAUGAGUCUCCAGAAGGUGGUCGAUACAAAAAGGAAAUCAAUGUCAAUGGUCAGAGCCAUUUGCUGCUGAUCAGGGAUGAAGGAGGUCCUCCAGAUGCACAGUUUUCAGCCUGGGUGGAUGCUGUUAUAUUUGUCUUCAGCUUGGAAAAUGAGAAGAGCUUUGAGGCCAUUUACAAUUACUACACCAGACUCGCAAGCUACCGGAGUACAGCUGAGAUUGCUGUGAUGCUGGUGGGAUCACAGGAUACACUGGUGUGGUUCAUUAAUGCUGUCCCCCAGCAAGAGGAAACUAGAGAUGCAGCAGCAAGCAAUGGUGGCAACGUGAGUGAUUAUUCCUCUUCUCUUCCCUCCACUCCGAACAUCAGUCACCGGGAUUUGCGGUCUGAUGUUUGCCAAGCCUCUGGUACCCCAGGUUCUGUCCGCAAACAUUCAAAAAGACGUUCAAGUCUUUUCGCUACUCGGCGGGGAAGCGAUACAGAGCGGAGGAGUCUGGAUAGUAAAGCAGAUAAUAUUGGAAGCGGCCGUGCAAUCCCAAUUAAACAGGGUGUGUUGUUGAAGAGGAGUGGAAACUCGCUAAAUAAAGAGUGGAAGAAGAAAUAUGUUACUUUAUGUAACAAUGGUAUUCUGUCCUAUCAUCCAAGUUUACAUGAUUAUAUGCAGAACAUACAUGGAAAAGAGAUUGAUCUUCUCAGGACAACAGUUAAAGUUCCUGGCAAGCGGCCACCCCGUGCUGUUUCAGCCAGUGGCGCCUCCACCAGCCUGAAUGGACUCAUGGGCAGUGGGCAAGAAAGUGUUGAUUCUCUGCAUUCUGGUGGUUUAGACCCUGUUGCUGAGCAAGCAGUUAUUGGUGAUACGCAGGUCAAAGGAAAAUUCCCAAACUGCUCCUCCAUUUCUAGUAGUGAGCAGUGGAGUGAAAAUAGUUCAAAAACUGCUGAAGGGGCUGCCGUAGGUGAAGGUAUCUCAAGUCCCUCAAGCAGCAAGCUGGACUCCCCACCCUCACCCCAGAUAAACCGAAGGAAACAUCGCAGGAAGAAGAGUGUGAGCAGGGCAGAUGGCAUGAUGGGACUGGCAGAAGCCAAACGCAGGGUGUGGAAAUUAAAGCGUUUUGGUAGUUUAAGAAAUAUUUACAGAGCAGAACAAGAGGAGAACAUUGAGUUCACUAUUGUCUCCAGCACGGGCCAGAUGUGGUACUUUGAAGCAGUGAAUUUUGAAGAGAGGGAUGCCUGGGUCCAAGCCAUUGAAAGUCAAAUCCUGGCCAGUCUGCAGUCCUGUGAAAGUAGCAAGAACAAGGCUCGGAUGGACAGCCGGAGUGAAGCCGUUGCCCUCCAGGCGAUAAGAAACGCCAAAGGAAAUUCAUUCUGUGUUGACUGUGCUGCUGCAAAUCCUACCUGGGCAAGUCUGAAUUUGGGAGCACUCAUCUGUAUUGAAUGCUCAGGGAUUCAUCGUAAUCUUGGGACCCAUCUUUCACGAGUACGAUCUCUGGAUCUUGAUGACUGGCCUUUGGAGCUAACGCUUGUGCUGACGUCUAUUGGAAAUGAGAUGGCAAACAGUGUGUGGGAGAAGAAUACUCAGGGACGCAGCAAGCCCACUCCAGAAUCUACACGGGAAGAAAGGGAGAACUGGAUCAGAGCAAAAUAUGAGCAGAAACUGUUUCUUGCAUCCUUGAAAUACCGAGACAUUCCCAUCGGAAAGCAGCUGUUCCGAGCUGUUAUGGAGAAGGACCUUCACAGUAUUUUACUACUCCUUGCUCAUGCCAAGAAGGAGCACAUCAAUGAAUGGACUGAAGAUAAAGACAAACGGACAGCUCUGCAUCUCGCCUGUGAGCGAAAGGAUGUAGUAGUGACGCAGCUUCUUGUCUGGGUAGGUGUUAUUCAGCUGGCACAGAUCUUGUUCCUCAGUGAUAGUUCUAUUCCACUCUAA